AUGGCAAACAUUCAAAUCCCACCCUCCACGAUUUCAGAUCUGUCCGACAAGGCCCCAGCGCGGGGAAAUCCUCGAAAGACGGCGCAAAAGCCUAAGCAGACAAAGAGUCGGAAUGGUUGCAUCACCUGCAAAGCAAAACGGUUGAAGUGCGAUGAGAUUAAACCAUCAUGUCAUCAGUGUGAUAGACGCAAGGUUCAAUGCGGGGGAUACAAGAAAGACUUCAAAUGGCGGCCGUUCGAGGAGACCAACUUGGCCCCUGGGCGGCUGGCGGUGACCAAGACCAAGAGAGCAAGCCCUCCAUCCCAUCAAGGUACAUCCACAGCAAACAUUAGCCGGGAAUUCCCAACUCCUCCAAUCACUGAGCAGUCAGCAUCGCCGAUUCGUGGACCUUCCCAUAAUUUCCAUAGCUCCCGUUCGCCUCCAGGGUCUCCUUUGUAUGACUCACCCAUCAGUAUCAAAAGCUUCUUGUCUGCUGAUCGCCAUUCUGUUGAUGAUCUGCCUGUGGCGCAAGAACAUGUUUCCAUGACUGAGUGUCCUCGAUCUCCCCUAGACGUUAAUGUGUCAUUGUCGGCCGAGUCUCGCCCUCUCAAUUUUAUUUCUUUCCUUGAACCUUUUGAGGGCUCUCUGUCACUGGCCACCUCGUUGAUUUCCAAUCUCGAUGUGGACCCCGACACGCAUAUGACCCUUGGCCCAGAGCAAGCAGAUCUGAAUACAUCUGCUCUCAGCUUCUCCCAGCUGUUGGAAGAUGAAAACGAUGAUAUCGAAGAAAUUAUUCGGCAGUCAGAUCCGGCACUCAGACCUUGGAACUUGACAUUGCCAGGCAUGAAUGCUUUCAAUUUCGAUACUUCCAGCAUCCCCGGCAGCCCACCCUUGGCGCCCGAGAGUCCAGAAAUGCUCCUGGUACGAUUUAACAAGCUUACGUGCGGGAUCCUCUCUGUGAAGGAUGGAGCAUUAGAGAAUCCCUGGCGCACAUCGAUCUGGCCGUUGGCAAAAGACAGCCCUGCACUUCGACAUGCAAUCUUCGCUCUAGCGGCGUUCCAUUCGGGAAAGCAAACACCUUCUCUUCGGGUCCAAGGCGUGAAACACAUGCGUCAGAGUAUGACCUGUCUAGCCGGACAAAUCGAACAUAUGAGACCGGAUACUGCGUUGGCAACUAGUUUGGCAUUGGCAUUUGCCGACACAUGGGAUCAACACACCCGGACCUGCAUUCAGCAUUUGCGAGGCGCAAAAGCGUUGAUGUGCCAGGUCAUUGCGGCCGGUAUGCAGAGAGAUGUCAGCGACGAAGAACUAGAUCGCAUCCGGUUCUUAUACAACACAUGGUCUUAUAUGGAUGUCAUUGCACGCUUAACCUCUUUGGAUGAAUGUGGCCCCCAAACUUGGGAUUCCACUGUUUUCGACCUUCCUAAUGAUACAGCCCAGGACAUUGAUCCUUUGAUGGGUUGUGCAACCACUCUGUUUCCCCUAAUGGGCAGGGUGGCAAGUCUGAUUCAGCAGGUGCGGAGGACUUCGUCAAACACAGUCUCAGUUGUGGCUCAAGCCAUGGAACUCAAAUCGCUUAUGGAGCAAUGGCAGCCGCCGUGUUGGUUUGAACCACCAGAAGAUCCUCACUCAGAGGUCCAGCAUAGCAUUCAAGUUGCUCAUGCAUAUCGCUGGGCUACUUUGCUAUACCUGCAUCAGGCUGUGCCAGAGAUACCUUCGGAGCCGGCCGACGAAUUAGCCAAGAGAGUCCUCAUUUUGCUUGCUACGGUUCCCUAUACUUCGCGGACCACUAUCAUCCAAGUUUUCCCUCUUCUGGCAGCUGGGUCGGAGGUUGAUGCGGAUGAUGAUCGGAAAUGGGUUUUGGAUCGAUGGACCACGAUUCAGUCUCGGUUAAUGCUAGGCGGCGUAGAUCGCUGCUUGGAGGUCUUGAAGGAGGUCUGGAGGCGACGUGAUACAAUGAAACCUGGAGGGGUGCCUCAAGUUGCUGGCUCGCGACGGGCAGGAUCGUUCUCGUCUGGUGACAAAGAGAAAGUCAAUUUGCUGCCCAAUGAAUUUAGCAAGUAUAAUCUCACUAGUUCCCACAUGCGCCCAAUGCAAGGGAGAUCUGGGCAACCUGCACCAGGGCUUACUAGAAGAGGAUCAGCACUUGCGGCGCUGGAAAACAUCGAAUUUGAGAGAACUGUGCGGGGCAAGUUGCACUGGGUGAAUGUCAUGGCGGAAUGGGGAUGGGAAGGUGCGUUUAUCAACCAAAUGACUUCACUUGUUUAUCUUUAA